AUGGAUGAAACCGGCAUUCAGACAACAAGUAAUGAGCCUCCAAAGAUAUUGACAAGAACCGGAAAGAAACAAGUGGGUGUAAUUUCAAGUACGGAAAGGGGAAAGUUAACGACUAUUGUCUGCUGCUGCAACGCGGCUGGAUCAUUCAUACCCCCAUUCCUCAUUUACGGUAGAAAAAGAAUGGUUAGUAGGUUAUUAGAUGGAGCACCACCUGGCACCAAUGCUACUUGCACAGACAACGGCUGGAUCAAUGGACCUAAAUUCUUAGAAUGGCUUCGUCAUUUCGUCGACAUUACCCGCCCAAAUCCAGAGAAAAAAGUAAUAUUGGUAAUGGAUAACCAUGAAUAUCAUAUAUUUCUUGAGGCUUUAGAAUAUGCGACACAGCAUAAUGUAAUUUUCGUCUCGCUGCCUCCUCACACAACACACCGCAUGCAGCCCCUGGACCGCUGCGUUUAUGGACCGUUCAAAACCUAUUUUGAACAGGCAGUUUCCGUUUUUCAAAGGAGCCAUGUUGGUAGAAUAAUUUCUCAAUAUGAAGUGGCUAGACUCUUUGGCGAAGCGUAUUUAAAAACAGCCAGUGCACAUAAUGCCAUCAAAGAAUUCGAGUCUACUGGAAUAUGGCCCACAAAUCGGCAUGUAUUUAACGAUUCAGACUUUUUGCCAUCCAGUCUGACAGACAGGGCUCUAGUCGUUAAAAAUACACACGAUGAUGCAUCCCAGUUCCAAUCUGCUAAUAUUGGUCGUCUUUCUAAUGAGUCUGACCGCAUUGUUUCUCCACCGGUUUUGGAAAACGUAGACCACAAUCCCAUUCAAGUCCCUGCAAUUGCCACACAAUGCACCACCAGGAAAACAAUCAUUGCCAUGCCCAUGGAAACUCCAACUUUGAAUCUUGAUGAGGAAAAGGAGAACAAUUUUAUACCUACACAAGUUUCGUCUUCCGAUAUAAGUGUUGAAAAGAAUAUCGAUCCAAAACCUAUUGAGAUGUCAUUGGCGACUAAUUCUCUUGCAGUUUCGUGCAGCACUAAAAAUUGCAACGACCUUGCCCUUACAGAAGUAGCACCAAAUUUUAAAAAAGAAAUUCCGACUGAUAAAGUUAGAGCCUCGUGUUCUACACCAGUUAGUGCCAAUUCACUCCGAUCAGUAGCAGAUCCAUUGACACCUACACCUAUAACUCAUGUAAAGCCUAUAGAUAUCAGACCGACACCUAAAUUGAGCCCAAACAAUAUAAACCGCAAGCGAAAAAUUCAAAGAGCUGAAGUAUUAACUAGUUCACCGAUAAAAGAACAACAAAAAGAGAAGGAAGAAAAAAAGAAACGUGGUACCAAAGCUGCUGUUACGAAAAAUUUGAAAGAUCUUCCUUCUACAAGUAAAAUAGGCAAAUCUAAAAAGAAAAUAACAUCAAAGAAAAACCUGCAAAACAGUAUUUUUGUCUUGUUUGUACUCGUUACUCGGUACUCGUUAUGGGGACCCAUCUGA